AUGGAAACAGUUCAGGAGAACAGUGUAAAUCUAAUCAAAACAGCUAACAGUGGCUCCAUCUUGCCGUCAAGCAGUGUAGCUCAAAGCCCAAACACCACUAAUUCAAACUUAAGUGAUAACAAAACGCCAAAUAAACAAGGACGUCCGCUUAAAUCGCAAUCAUUCACCUCAGAAGCUACCUUGAACAACCGUAACAUGCUUGAAUAUCUCAAGAGGAAAAGAGAAGAUACAGCACUGGAUCCGGAACAUACAGAAGACACAGAAACUGCUUCACAAGCUACAAAAAAACAAAAUAUGCUCCAACUGUCUUCCACUAAAGCUCAGGACACUCCGGUGUGCCUGGAGAAUAAAUCGACAGACGAAAUACUGAGAAUUCUUGUUAGCCAAAUCGGAGCUGUGAGAGAAGAAGCAAAAACCAACAAGACUAGCCUCGAAAACCGAAUCCAGCAAAGUCAAUCUGAAAACAAAAAAUCGAUACAGGCGCUGCGUAAAGAUUACCAAGAGCUAAAAAGCACAUGGUCUGACAAAUGGACUAAAAUGCAAGAAAGACAGGCUAAACUGGAAGCUGAAAUAGCCGAGUUGAAGGCCGCUAAAACAAAUACUGAACACACGAGGCUGGAGAAAGAGAAUAACUCAUGUAUUGAGGAGAUAAAUAGUAAAAUUAAAUGUCUGGAGGAUAUGACCGAAAUAUAUGAAAAAUCCUGGAGAAAACUUAAUAUUAUAGUCAAAAAUCAUAACUGGCCGAACUCUAACUUGCUCAACCAAGCUCAAGAAUUUUUUAAUAGAAAUUUUAACUUAAAUAACCCAGUAAGUGAAAUAAAACCGCUGGACAGAAACUUUAAAAUUUUAAGGAUUAAACUGGCCGAUGAAAAUACUAAAGCGAUAAUAUUAAAAAAUAAAGCCCUAAACCUGAAGGAAUCCAAAAUAUCUAUUAUGCAAGACCUAACCAAACGCGAACUGCAAACUUUCAAAAAAUUACAGCAGGUUGCUAGAGAACAAAAAGAGCUAGCAUGGAACGUUAGGGGAAUCCAAAAUCUAUGGGAGGCAGAUAACUUAGUAGGUACAGAUAUCAUUUGUGCAUGUGAGACAUGGGCAACCCACGCCAAUGAACUACCACCCAACUGGAAUAAAUACUCUGCAUUAUGGUCACCAGCAAUUAAAGAAAAGAGUACAGGUCAUGCUAGUGGAGGGAUAAUAAUAUUAGCCAAAAAACCUAUUAAAAUCAAAGAGAUUUUCUCUUCAGAUAGUUGGAUAUUUGCACACAUCACAGCUGGAUCCUCUAGGUUUAUUCUUGCAAGUGUGUACAUUCGCCCCAGUCGAGAUAUGAAGACUUCCAUGGACCUGCUACAGGACUCAAUAAACGAUAUCGACCAACUUUAUGGAAACCUCCCGAUGCUACUAGUAGGCGACUUCAACGCCAGAUUAGGUGCUUUGUCACCUAUCCAAGAGGAACUAGUCACAAAUACUAAUAUAUAUGCAACAAGAGAAGCUAGCGAUGAAGAAAUUAACACAAGAGGCCGGACCCUGGACAAUGCAAUGACAGAAAGUUCUUUAAUCGUCAUCAAUGGCAGAUCAUUUAGUGACCGACCCAGCAAACACACCUGCCUCCAUAUAAACAAAAGUACGAUUGACUUUGUAUGGGCAAAUGUCAGUGCUCUGAGCAUAAUAUAUGAUUUAGAAAUCCUGCAGAUUGAAAACCCCUCGGAUCACUUCCCUCUGCUCUUGCAACUGUAUUAUGAUGAACCGCCUCUAACUCAAGCAACUAUCGAAAACAAGAACAGGGAAAUGUUCCAAUGGACUAGCACUGGAGAAGACGAAUACAGAGCACGAAUGACUUGGUCAGACAAAGUAGCUCUAAUUAAUAAUGAUAACCUAGAUGAAAUAAAUAAUAUCCUAAUAACAGAAAACAAAAUAGCCGCAGAAGCUGCAGGAAUGAAAAAGCAACUAAAAGGACUACACAGACUGAAAAGGUCGCAAUUAUGGUACGAUGAUGAGUGUAAACAAGGCAAACAAGAAUUAGCCAAACUAUUUAAGUCAUAUAAAAAGGCAGGCUUCCAAGGACAAGCAAAAGAACUAUACGUACAAGCUAAAAAAAAACAAAAAGCCUUAGUGAAAAGGAAGAAACAACAAGUCAGAGAGCAACAACUGAAUAAUUUAGCUAAUACCAAUAAACCAAGUGAUUUUUGGAAAACAGUAUCUAGAUUUAAAAGUCACCCUGGUACUGGAAAGAAUCCUAUUUCAAUCCAGGCCUGGGAAAAUUUCUAUGAAAAUAACAUACCUAAUAGAGAAGAAGAUACAACCACGUACUACGGAGUAUUGGAUCCUAACUUGGACUGCGAAUUUACAUUGUCAGAGUUGAACCGUGUACUAAACAAAUCAAAGUCGAACAAAGCUACAGGCCCAGACGGAGUCAAGAAUGAACAUCUGAAGAACCUUCCCGAGAACUGGAAGCUUACAAAUCACGCAGGAAUAUGA